GCAUCCACCUUUAUCCCAUUUUUGGCUACAAAAUGCGCCCAAAGUAGAACCAAUCAAUCUUGUCCCCAAGUUUUAUUUUUCUCCUGCUUGCCGUUGUUGCUUUUGCAGUCUGCACCACCCCUGCACUCUCCUGCAACUGCAACCCCAUAUUUAUUCUUGAAUCAUCCUCGAUCAGUUUCUCAGGUUCCCAAAAAAAGAAAAAAAAAAGGUAGAUUAAUUAGCCAUUUUAGCAAGAUUUGUCCAAAAAAAUGGAUGGCAACAACCAAAUCCCACAAGGGCUGAGCCCAGAAGAAUUUUCUGAACUCGAGCGGCUAAUUUCCACGUACCACACUUUUGAGCCAACCCCAAAUACAUGCACAUCCCUGAUAACUCAGCGCAUUGAUGCACCAGCAAAAGUGGUGUGGCCAUUCGUCAGGCGUUUUGACAAUCCUCAGAAGUACAAACACUUCAUCAAGGGCUGCAACAUGACAGGGGAUGGAAGUGUUGGCAGCAUCAGAGAAGUCACGGUUGUUUCGGGGCUUCCAGCUUCUACCAGCACCGAGAUACUCGAGAUUCUGGAUGAAGAAAAGCAUAUUCUGAGCUUCAGGGUGGUUGGGGGAGAGCACAGGCUAAACAACUAUAAAUCUGUGACAUCAGUUAAUGAAUUCGAUAAUGAAGGUAAGGUUUACACCAUUGUUCUCGAGUCUUAUAUUGUUGAUAUCCCAGAAGGCAACACUGCGGAGGAUACAAAGAUGUUUACUGAUACAGUUGUGAAGUUGAAUCUCCAAAAGCUUGGGGUCGUGGCAACGGCUUCUUUGCAUGGACAUGAAUGAAUUUGAUCGGAUAAAGGUGGCGAUGGUUCUGAUGGUGCUUUUCUGCAAUACUCUACCUCAAAAAAAAAAGGGGGUGGGAUUUAUUACCUCAUCAAAAUGGUAGUACCAUCUUCUCUCAAGGGUUUGUUGUAAGUUGAAAUUGGUUUCUCGUUUUUCAUUUCUUGUUUUAGGUGACCAUCAAGCAUAAUUAAUUACUAGUUUUUGUUGGGUGAAUGUGAAAUCAGCCAUAGUUUUUUGGGCUAUCAUUAAAGAAAGUUUCAUUUCCUUCUAAAAUAAAUGAUUGGUUGGCGGCAUUGGCACAUUAA